AUGCUCUGUCAAGUGGGCCGCUUUAUUGGAUCGUCUUCAUCCCGCAUGGACGUCAAAAUCCGCCUCUUUAGAGAGCCGCCGAUCUACACAGCUGCAAAUGAGGUUUCUGGUCAUGUCAUUCUCACGACGGCGACGCAAGUAGUCAUCUCUGCUGUGUCAAUCUGGCUAUCGAGGGUGUCAACGUCUCGGCUACAUUCUCUGCGGGUCGUCGAGACCCAUCAGAGACAGCUGCCCCAAGCCACGCAGUGCUCAAUGAGCGCGGGUACAUCACCAGCCAGUCAGCAGCGAGAUAGCACGAGCACUGGAGGGAAGACGCACCUUUUACGCAAGUUACCCCCUUCGACAGGGGCCAGCUCGUCACCGGAGGAGAUCAAGUAUAUCCUCGAAGCAUCAAUCCGGCGGAACGGUAUCAUUCGAGGGUGCAAGAAAACCGCUCGAGACAUAUGCAUCUACCCUGUGCCAACACUAGCUUCUUCGCUCAAUAAUAGUCAAGCCAUCCAGACAGAGACGCAGAGAAUCGCAUGCCGCUCCAGUGCUGGCCCGAAGCGUGUCUGGGCUCCUACAGCCUAUGAAGUCACUGCAAAGCUGCUCAACGGUCCUUUUCUGGUCCUGGGACGGCCGGUCCCCCUUGCAGUAGAGCUUACCGGUCUUGAUAGCAGCACAGAUACAGCCCCUCGCAGUCGAGGCUCAGUAUCGAUACCUGUAUCACUGCAUGAGUUUCAGACCAUGCUCAUCGAAACAACCGAGGUUCAAGCUCGAGGCAUAGAAGAGACCCAAACACAGUUCCGUAUCGUGCAGACAAUGGCAAACCUGCGGCAUCCUCUAAGCUCUAGGAGUGAUGUUGCGAGCAACAAUGUGAAUGGGGAUACUGCUCCUGUUUUUCGAUCAGAAUUGCCGGCACCCUCUGGUCUAUCCUAUCCCAUUGUCGCUAACCCCGUCCUUUGA